CUACUGGGACCAACUUGUACCUGCACACACACCUCCUUGAUUGCCCACUCCCUGCCUUGAGCUUGCCCUUUCUGAAGCCAUCAUGUCUGUGACCAAGAGUGCUGGGAGCCCGCAGGUAGCCACCACUGUCAAGCUGGACCUUGAGAGCGCCAAGAAAGUGCAAAGCCAGGAUCCCAGUCCAGUGAAUGGGAGCUCUUCAGAGUCACCAAAGAAGACCAAGGGCAUAACAGGGUUCCAGACGUUGGUUCAUUUGGUCAAAGGCAACAUGGGCACAGGGAUCCUGGGACUCCCCCUGGCUGUGAAGAAUGCAGGCAUCCUGAUGGGCCCACUCAGCUUGCUGGUGAUGGGCCUUAUCGCCUGCCACUGUAUGCACAUCCUAGUCAGAUGUGCCCAGCGCUUCUGUCACAGACUCAACAAACCUUUCAUGGACUAUGGGGACACAGUGAUGCAUGGAUUGGCUUCCAGUCCCAACGCCUGGCUGCAAAGCCACGCCCACUGGGGGAGGCAUGUUGUGAGCUUCUUCCUCAUCGUCACCCAGCUGGGUUUCUGCUGUGUGUACAUUGUGUUUCUGGCGGACAAUUUAAAACAGGUAGUAGAAGCUGUUAACAGUACAACCAUCAGCUGCCAUGAGAACGAGACAGUAGUUCUGACGCCCACCAUGGACUCUCGACUCUACAUGCUCGCCUUCCUGCCCGUUCUGGGGCUUCUGGUAUUCAUCAGGAACCUCCGUGUCCUCACCAUCUUCUCCCUGUUGGCCAACAUCAGCAUGCUGGUCAGCCUGGUCAUCAUUGCCCAGUACAUCAUCCAGGGAAUUCCAGACCCCAGCCAAUUGCCACUGGUAGCAAGCUGGAAGACCUACCCACUCUUCUUUGGAACAGCCAUUUUUUCAUUCGAAAGCAUCGGUGUGGUCCUGCCUCUGGAAAACAAGAUGAAGGAUGCACGCCGCUUCCCAACCAUUCUGUCUUUGGGGAUGUCCAUCAUCACCACCCUGUACAUUGCCAUUGGGGCUCUGGGCUACCUGCGGUUUGGAGACGACAUCAAAGCCAGCAUCACUCUUAACCUGCCCAACUGCUGGCUGUACCAGUCAGUCAAGCUCCUGUAUGUCAUUGGCAUCCUGUGUACCUAUGCCCUGCAGUUCUAUGUCCCCGCAGAAAUCAUCAUCCCCCUUGCUGUCUCCCAGGUGUCAAAGCGCUGGGCAUUGCCCGUGGACCUGUCCAUCCGGCUCGCCAUGGUCUGCCUCACAUGCAUGCUGGCCAUCCUCAUCCCCCGCCUGGACCUGGUCCUCUCCCUGGUAGGCUCUGUGAGCAGCAGCGCCCUGGCCCUCAUCAUCCCGCCCCUGCUGGAGGUGACCACCUACUACGGAGAGGGCAUGAGCCCCCUGACCAUUGUCAAGGACGCCCUCAUCAGCAUCCUGGGCUUUGUGGGCUUCGUGGUGGGGACCUACCAGGCCCUGGAUGAGCUGAUCGAGUCCGGGAACUCUCUCCCCCCGUCCAACUCCACCAUAUUUAUUCAGUGACAGAGCCUCUCCUCGCCCACGGUGACUUAUGUUGUCUAUGUAUCUUUUCAUUUCGCCUUUUCUCUGGUCCAAGGCACGGAAAAAUAGGUGUGGCGUAUCCCUAGCACCGUGUGUGAGUGCGCAAAGGAGAUGGGGGCCAUCUACAGCACAUACAAGGUGUAGAUAGAUGGUCAUUAAAAACAAAAAAUGUCGCUCGUUCUCUAGUUUUCCACACUGUGGAGACCUCGCCUGUGGAAGCCGCCAUCUUGUUUUCCUCAUUUACCUGCUAAUUUCAUACCUUGAGUGGAGCUAUGCAAAAAGCAGCCACUAGGCGGCAGCAAGCGCCAGCUUUUGGCAGAAGCGCCAGCUUUUUGGCAGAAGGCUUUUGGCAGAAGGUCUCUGCUCGCUCAAGCUUUGGUCAUUUCCUUUUCCUGACCAUGAUGGAGAACUUUGUGCUCACAUCAGCAUCAAGAUGAAGGGGGCUAGGACCAGUCACAAUGCUCAGGUAAAAUGUCACCGUCUAUGUUACAGAUAACUGUGUUGAACUUUCUAAACCACUAAGUUUUAGCCCAACUCAGAAAUCCAGCAGUGAACAAGAAAAAAGCAGGGUCAAGCCUAUGAGCCAGGGACAGCAGACAGAGACAUCAUUUGAGUAGUUCUUUUACUCCUGAUUUCUUGCAAUGAACAUCCUCUGUUACCUAUUGGGCACCAAACAUAAUACAGGGUUCUUAUAUAAUAGUUUGGGUAAAGGUGUUAUAAAAACAAGUGCUAAUAUAACAUUGCAGCUUCAUAUACCAAACAGUGGUGGAGUCUACAGAUUGU